GUAACGCUGUGGGUGACCUUGCCUGUUAUUAGAAACCCUGUUCCAUUUGGACUCUGGCCUCUAAGCAUGUCCUCAUCUCAGGUUUUACCUUAGCACCGUCUCACAGCCACUGACCCUUGAAGAGAAAGGGACAUGCUUAGUGGAUGUAUGAGACUUGAAGUGGUGAAAAUCCCAAGCCACGUUAUUGUGACAGAGAUUGAUGGAGUCAAUAUGAAUGUGUCACAGCGGUCGUAUCGCAAACCCAAUCAGAGUGAGAAUUCAGCAGAGACAUUCCCACCUCUAUGGGAAUUGAGAGUAACCAAAAACCUUUAACAGCACCGGAGCCGGGCGUUUUUGAAGUUGAGCUGUAACCUGAGGCCGUCACUUGAGCCGCUAUUACCUUUGUUUCGUAGCAGGUGGAGCUGGGAGGAGUUCUAAGGAGAAAUGCAGCUUAUUUAGUCUGUUCUGUAACUCAAACUAUCUUCGGCUGCCUCCAGUUUAUAUGGAGGAGAACAAAAGGUUGUGAUUCUUCAUCAGCAAUAUCCUCUUCCUCCAUUUACGGACCUCAAUGAAGGCAUGUCCCAUGUGCCGGCCUGGAGGGGACACUGGCGCUUCAAGCGCAGGCGUCCAGCCAUGGUGCCACCAACAGCCUGGAUAACCCACAUCACAGAUCGACUGUAUUUCGCUACUCUUAGAGGCAAACCCAAGAGCACAGCAAACACACAUUUCUUCUGCACAGAUGAUGAAUUUAUAUAUGAAAACUUUUAUGCAGAUUUCGGGCCCCUCAAUCUGGCAAUGCUGUACAGAUAUUGCUGCAAACUGAACAAAAAACUAAAGUCUUUCACUCUGUCCAGAAAGCGCAUAAUCCAUUACACCAGUUAUGACCAACGAAAGAGAGCCAAUGCAGCCGUCCUCAUUGGUGCUUAUGCAGUAAUCUACUUAAAAAGAACUCCAGAGGAAGUGUACCAGGCCCUGAUCUCUGGAACCAAUGUGUCAUACCUGCCCUUUAGAGAUGCUGCUUUUGGGAACUGCACAUACGAUCUAACCAUAUUAGACUGUUUACAAGGAAUCCGCAAGGCCUUGCAGCACGGGUUCUUUGACUUUGAGAAUUUUGAUGUUGAAGAAUAUGAACAUUAUGAGCGUGUGGAAAAUGGUGAUUUUAAUUGGAUUGUGCCAGGAAAACUGUUGGCCUUCAGUGGACCUCAUCCCAAGAGCAAAAUAGAGAAUGGUUAUCCUCUACAUGCUCCAGAAGCGUACUUUUCUUACUUCCGGCAGCACAAUGUGACGGAUGUUGUGCGACUGAACAAGAAAAUCUAUGAAGGGCGACGCUUCACAGAUGCCGGGUUUGAACAUCACGACUUGUUCUUCAUAGACGGCACCACGCCUAGUGAUCUCCUCACAAGACGCUUUCUGCACAUCUGUGAGAGCGCAAAGGGUGCCGUGGCUGUCCACUGUAAGGCUGGCCUUGGCAGGACGGGCACACUGAUAGGCUGCUACUUGAUGAAGCAUUAUCGCUUCACAGCACCUGAGGCCAUUGCCUGGACACGAAUCUGCAGGCCAGGCUCCAUUAUUGGACCACAGCAGCACUUUCUCGAACAGAAGCAGCAUAGUAUGUGGGUGCAAGGUGAUCUCCAUCGCUCAAAGCAAAAGCAGCAGCAGCUGAGGCAAAGCCGACAGCAGGAGAGAAACAUGUCCCAUCUCAUCUCCAGCGUGGACGACAUGUCCAUUAACAGCACCAAUCUGAAGCCAGCAAGUGUGGACGAGAAUGAGUUCAGAGAAGAGGACAUGAUUCCAACGCAAGGAGACAAACUACUAGCCUUAAAGGGCCAACGCCACCCUAGAUAUACCACCACAGUGCUUAGUGGGAUAAACCCAGCUCCAGGCACCAUUUCGCCUCCCAGCUCUUCCAAAGCUCCUCUCUUCCUCUCCUCCUCUACUGCACCACAGAGACUGACACGAAGCCCUUCCUCCUCCGCUGGCAAUUUAAAAAGCUUCAGUCCCCGUUUAGCCCAUUCCCUCAACAACCUCUAUAAUGACAACAACUUCAGCGAUGAUGACAACAGCACACCUCCUUCCUCCUUCGCACCCUCCCCAUCUCCUGCACUAACCCAGUGUCCCCCCGCACCUCCAUCCAGCUUCAGCUUUGGGUACACCACUGCAGACCCCCGACUUCCUCCCUCCCAUGUAAACUUCAAUCAAGAGGCCAAUGCUAACCUCAACAGCCUCACUGCAGCAAGCACUGUUAGCGCUAGUCGUACAGUCAGGCCUAUGAACAGAACUGGCUAUAGUCUGUUCUCCGGUGGUCGGCAAAGCCCCCGGAGAGGUCCGUUCCGUGCUGGACUAAGUGGGUUUCCAGGACGCUACCUCAGCAGAUCCAUUCCAUCCCUUCAGUCUGAAUAUGCUCAGUACUAAGACUGUGAUUAUACACUGAUGGCCACAGCUGACCUUCUAACCAUGGAUGAAUCAUUCUGUGGACGGAUCUCUCAUAAAAGCUGAUAAAAUGUUAAACACACACUGGGCUUAAAGUGUUCAUUAGUACAGUUAUACAGUGUUUCAGUUUAGACAAUAAUAUAUGUAAGUUUGAUGUAUUAUUCACAAAUGUAUUUAGUAAUUAUUUUUUUCUACAUCCAAAAUCAAAUAUAUCUGCUGGUAUUAGUUUGUGACUAACAUUACAGUAGCUCACAAUUUUGUAGAAAGUCAAUGAAAAAGCAGUGCGUCUGUGCAUGAGUGCGUGAAAGUAUGAAUGUGUGUUUGAAGAAAUAUAGAUGUGUAAUCACUGAUGUUACUGAUUCAGUUAUGUUUAGUAAUAUGAUUGUACAGAAAUCAUGAUUUUUAAAACAUUUUGUACAGGUAGGCUAACUAAUAACUGGAAAAUGCCUAAAUAACUGGAAUAUACUAUAGAUGCAUUAAACUACUGUCAUUA